GCGGUAGAGUUGUGACCCGGAAGUACUUGACGGGCACUAAAACAAGAGGAUGUUCUGUUAGCAUUUCUUUUUUUGUUGUCGAUUCGUGCUAAACACCUCGAGAAGUUGCAGUAUAAUGUUUGACCAGACAGCCAAACUGGAAAAGAUACAUCUCGUAGCAGCACGAUGGAGGACUGACGUGGUAGCAUUCAAGUUUUUUUUUUGUUUCCAAACCCGUCAGUCGGAUAUUAACUGAAGCUAGUUAGCAUUAGCGUCGCUAUUGAGGCCAAAGAGGCUGCAGUGUUCCUGGUACUUGUGUUUGUUUUGGAGUCUGACAGACCAUUAUUCGCAGACUGUUGUUAAAUUAUCAACCCUUCUUGAGGAGUGGCUACAUCCAGGGCAUGGUGGUGAACCGUGAAAGCUUCCGGUUCUGUGCUGAAAGUUUAACUUUGAUGGUUUAGCAGUAGGCUAGCUGAAAAAGGAAAGUGCAGCCAUGGACGAUUUUAGCUCGAUCAGCCUGCUGUCUCUUGCGAUGUUGGUGGGAUGUUACGUGGCCGGAACGAUACCUCUUGCCGUCAACUUCUCGGAGGAGAAACUGAAGCUGAUCACCGUGCUGGGAGCAGGGCUGCUUUGUGGAACAGCGCUAGCUGUUAUCAUUCCCGAGGGAGUCCACGCACUUUAUGAAGAGAUCCUUGAAGGCGCUCACCACAGCCACAGUCAGGCCGGGGCGGCCGAAGUGUCUGAGGCCAAAGCGGAAGCGGUGGCGGCUCUGGACGCCACGGGGAAACACGAGCACGGCCACGAGCAGCUGCACGCCUGCAUCGGCGUCUCCCUGGUGCUGGGCUUCGUCUUCAUGCUGCUGGUGGACCAGAUAGGCAGCGCUCAUGUUCACAACGCUGAAGAUCCAGAGUCGGCAAGAGUCAACAGCUCGAAAAUCACCACUACCCUGGGACUUGUAGUCCAUGCUGCAGCUGACGGAGUGGCGUUAGGAGCUGCUGCCUCGACGUCUCAGACCAGCGUUCAGCUCAUUGUUUUUGUAGCCAUUAUGCUACAUAAGGCUCCAGCGGCUUUCGGCUUGGUCUCGUUCCUGAUGCACGGCGGCCUCGAGAGGAACCGCAUCCGCAAACACCUCCUGGUGUUUGCCUUGGCAGCCCCCGUUCUUGCCAUGCUCACGUUUUUAGGCCUCAGUCAGAGCAGCAAAGAAGCCUUGUCGGACAUCAACGCCACCGGGGUGGCCAUGCUCUUCUCCGCUGGCACCUUCCUCUAUGUGGCCACCGUUCACGUUCUCCCCGAGGUCGGCGGUGGCGGCCACAGCCACGCCCCCGCCGCCGGGGGCAACGGCGGGAAGGGACUGAGCAAAGUGGAGGUGGGCGCUCUGGUCUUAGGCUGCCUCAUCCCUCUGGUGCUGUCGGUCGGCCACCACCAUUAGACCCGCGGAGUUGGGCCCCCGAGGGCCGGACUCUGGACACGUGUACAGAGGGAAAGGCGCUGGAAUCGAGACUUCAGACUUUGCGCGUUUAAAUUGUCUCGCUGCUGGACCAGACGGAUGUCGCUGCAGGGACGCCACGACUCGAUCGACAGCCAGAACGAGGGGAAUCAGAGCCGAGACAACCAAGGGACACAGCGAUGUUUUAUCUGUCGACACAAUACGUAUACUUUAACUCUACCUGAAAUCUGAAGUUGAGACGUCAAAAUUUUUUUUUUUUUCUCCCCCGUUUAGCUCAAUGUGUUUGGAUCCAAGCAGGUUAGCGUUAUCAUGCUCGUUUAACUUUCCAGCGUCGGUUUUAUUGUCUUUUUUUUUUUUUAAACCGGGUGACUGUCGUACAGUGAGAUUUGGUGAUGGUUGAGCUUGUGAUUUAUUUUUAUUUUAUUUUUUUGCUUGUGAAAAUCAUUUUUUAAAAAUAUAUAUAUAUACAUAUACCUGUACAGAGUGUAAAUUUCUCUGAUUUCCUUUUUCCAAGUGCCAUAAUAAAGAAACCAGUAGCAGAAGGCGGCGAUGGCGCCGGCGCCGUGACAACCAUGCGAUUGGGGAAAACCCCAGAUGGACCAGCUUGCAAACCUCUGGGUUUCAGGUGUCACUUUAUCAAUCAAGCUCUCAAACCUUUCAGGAAGCUGAAUUGCUUCUCGGCGCCUGCGUCCGCUUCCUGUUCGGCACGGACUGCCGUGAACAUCACACGCAAAGGCCGAUCUUUAAAGACGCCCGCCAUUUUUGUUACGUCGCUUUUUCUUUGUUUAUGGUUUCUCUUUCUAUCUCUAAUGGUUUCUUCUCCCUGUAAAGCUUACUGUAAAUGACAGCAUUCUGUACAUAUUUGUCUUAAGUGAUUGUAGAGUUCAGGUGGAGGGCAUCUCGAAUGGCAAACGUGUCUUACGUGAAGGAGAAAUACAAAAAAAGCAUCUUUAGGGACCAUAAGCUCAGGAGAAUAAGAGUAUAAUGUCUGUGAAGAACUUUUAACGUGUUGGACGCUUCUCUCACUAACAAGACAGAGCAAUAAACCAGAAACGGGCGGUAAGGAUCUGGAGUUAAAUUGCUUCGUUUUGCUGCGGUGAAGCCCGUAGACGGUGUGUACGGUGUAACACUUGUAAUGUGAUUCCUAAAUGCGGAUCCAUGAGCCCCCUGCUUCUACUCCAGUCCCAAUAAAACUGAAAGUCUGUUAAAAUCUGA